GGAAGAAGAUGCAGGGAGCCAAAUCUAGCCAGAGGAUCAGAUGGAGACCAAUGAUUGUGUUGGUGAGGCUGAAGAACUUGUCAUGACAUAGUUUGCACCAGCAAACCCUCAGGAUGUUACAGUUAAACUCAGUGGUACCAGUCCAACCUUGGGGGACAAAUCCAUGGUAUACAACCCUGUGAAUGUUGAAAAAAUGAUAGGCAUUCUCUUGCUCCUGUGUUGAUGCAACAUCUUCGGUCUUGGAGACUUCCCUCUGAAGAUGCUGUUUGGUCUUUUGGUGGUAGCUGCAGACCUAUGUUUCAUUAUCAGCAAUUAUCCUCCAUUUACGGUAUGCUCCACUUUGAGGUCCAAGGAAAAAACUGCAAAAGUACAUCCAGCACUGGUCACAAAAAAGGACCUAACAUAGGUCUUAAUAUUGAUCGUACAACAUCACAUGGAAGCCUGACUCAUGACUGUUACUGCUUGCAUUCCUAAAUGCAACAUUUCUGUGAUUAAGGAAAACACGUGACAGUGGUUAUAGGCCCAAAACAUUUGAAUAUGUGUACGUUCAUGCAAAAUAGCUAGCUGUAACCGAAGAAAAGAUGAAUUAGCUUAUUUAGCCCUGAUAGACAUUCACUGUCCUGAAUGGUACCAGGACGCUGUGACACCUUCUGGAUUAUGAUUUUAUUGACUAUGUCACUGUAUUUGUUUGUUUACUUCUUCUUUUUUCAGUUUUCCCUGAUAUGCAGGUGAAACUCAUUUGCUCAGAUCAACCAAUCCUCGCCCUCGUUGGUGAUGAUGUCAUUCUACCAUGUCGUCUUGAUCCUGCCAUCAGUGCUGAUUCCAUGACGGUGAUGUGGACCAGACCCAGUUUGGACCCAAAGUACAUCCAUGUUCACCAAGAUGGACGACUGCUGUAUGAGAGUCAAAAUCCAACUUAUUCUUAUCGCACAAGAGUUUUCGUGGAUGAGCUGGUACAUGGAAAUGUCUCCAUGAGCAUCUUCAAAGCUAAAAUUUCUGAUGAAGGCCAAUUCUGGUGUUCCAUUCCCUCCAUACAGAAAGAAGCUUCCAUCCAGCUCAUUGUUGGUUCAGUCUCCACACCAGUCAUAGAGGUUACUUCGAGUAACAGAGGAAAGAUGGUGCUACAGUGUGAAUCUGCAGGCUGGUAUCCAGAGCCUGAGGUGUUGUGGCUGGACGGUGAGGGAAACCUCCUCUCUGCUGGACCUACAGAGACAGUCAGAGGUCCUGAUGACCUCUAUACUGUCAGCAGCAGAGUGACUGUGGAGGAGAGACACAGCAACAAGUUGACCUGCAGAAUCCAGCAGAGCAACAUCAACCAGAGCAGAGAGGCACAGAUCAGAGUAGCAGAUGAUUUCAUCAUGAUCUCCCCUCAAGUUAAAAACCUUCUGAUGUGGAUGUUGGUCUUCAUUACUGUUGCUGUGCUGUUUGUGUGGUGGCGUUGUAGCUGAAAUCUUGUUGAUGUCCAAUCUGGAUUAAUAAAUAACUAGUUUUACCUAUUCUCACAUUUUGAAAAUAGUCGAUUUGCAUACAGCAGAUGAUCUGUGUGUGUUUUCUUGAAUUAACAUCAGCUGCUGCAGGAGUUACUGUCUCUGUGCAGGUGCAGAGUUCAGCCUGUAGAUGGCAGCAUGACACCUGAAAUGACUGGCUGUGUUUUCACGUCAUCAAACACUGUGGUUAAAACAUGACCUUAUGAGGUAUAUUCUCACAAAAUAACAGCACACCCACUACUAACUGUUACCGAGUUAGUAGAUUUCAGUGUGGAGCUUCAUGUCAGAAAUCAAAUUCAAGUUAAAGAUGUUUCAUUUCGAUUUUUUCUCUUAAAAAUGUCUCAAGCUAAAAAUUUUAGGGAAAAUAUGCUGGUUAAAAUCGCUUUAAAUUAGUCUCAACUACUCUGUAAACAGGUGUUAAGUGGUAUAAACUGAUUAAAAGUGUUGUACACUGGUCUGUUAAAGCUGGAAACUAGUUUAAACUUGUCUGUAAACUGUUUUAAUUUGGUGUAAAUCGGUCUAUAAACUGUGUUAAUCCAACGUGAGCUGGUAUGAACUGGUGUAAAGUUCUCUGAAAACUAUUUCCCACUGGUUCGAACUAGUGUAAACUUGUAUAGACUGUUGCAGACUAAUGUAAACUACUCUGUAAAUAGGUUUGAAUUGGAGUAAACUAACAUUAACUGGU